GGCGAUGCCCUGCUGGGGCCGCCGGCGGCCGGGCUGAGCGCGUCGGCGGUCAGCGGUACCAUGGGCUAAGGAGCCCUGCCGCCCCGCAACAAACGCGCUACGCAGAAUGUGUCUUGUCCCCUGUAGCACGCUGCCAGCUGAUACUUCCCUUCUUUCCGAAGCAUAGCCGGGGAGGGGGUGGAAAACGAAGGAAGUUUGGUAUUUAUUCCUUAGGCUUGGGAAAAGGAUUCCCUCUUCCUUCUGCCGCGGUGGGCUGUAAGGCAGAGUACGGUGGCGGAGGAAAGAGGGGCACAUCUGAAAGCGGCUUGUCCGGAGCUCCCCGCCAGACCGCGCAGCUGCCGUGUACCUGGGGGUGCUGGAUGCAAGCUCUGUAGAGCUCCUCCAAGCGUAGCGGCAGUGGCUCGGCAGAUGUAGAUGCGUGCGUGUGUGUAUGCUUAACCCUUUCUUGGCUCUUCGGAUUUGUACCAUGCUGAAGAUCCUCACAAAAAAGCUGAGGAACCAGAGUUUGAACGAAAUUCAACCUUUCCAGCUAAAGAUCUCCUACCCCCAAAGUGAUGAGGACAGCGACGACUCUGAGGGAGAGAACCAGGAGCUUGCUCAGAUCGACAGAGAGAGAAGACGGAAUUGUACCUUGACCCCCCUGGCCACCAACCAGCUGCAGAACCAGGAGAACCAAUGCUGCAAGGUUCGGGCCCUCUUCCAUGCCAGCCUUGACCGCCACAGCUCGGAAGAGGAGCUGGAGCGCAUCAACCGAGAGUUUGCCGCUGAGAAGCGCAAGUGGUCCCAGGUCAGCAGGCUUGCCUGCUGCAGUGACAGCAACAACACCUCCUCCAGCGACGACGAAGUGAAGAACUUGUGCGCAAUGUCCUUCCAGCCUGUGGCAGAGCAGGCUGAUGGGCUGCAUGCCAGCCCAAGCCCUGUGCUCUUCAGUGCCUCCCCUCCCAAGAGACUCCAGCCCCUGCUGCGGAGCCCAGCCUCCAGACCUCUAAUCUUCACAAGCGUUGGGGCAGGCCUUGAGCAAGUCAUGCCUUGUAAGAGACAUCGACAAGGAUAUGUGGACAAGGUCAGCAGGCCUAGCCUUGACCUUGAAAAAAUGCAGCAGAAGAUGCUGCUCAAGAAGAAUUGUGGAGCAAAGACUAGAGUUAUUAAAAUUCAUAGCAUCAGCGGAGGCUGCCCUCCACCCCACUUUGUGUAUGAUCCAUCCACCUUUGCCUUCCGGUCCCUCAGCACCUUGAAGCCGCUGAGUCCGAUCGCUCCAGUGGAAGAGCCGUCGUGUGCCUACUGAAGGAGUUUCUCCAAAGAACUCAGGAACUGUCGACCCAACCCCCUGCCUGGCAUGGAAAAGGGGAGGUGGUGAUACUCCAGGGGAUUGACAGAGGAGGGGACAGUGACACAUCUCUGCAGCACAGCUUCCCUGGCAGCAGGAAGCCUAUGGCUUUGCAGCAGUGCCUGUUUUCAUAGCCUUGCCAUAUGGAAUAGUGGCAAAGGGAGAGAUUUUUUGUCUUUCAGAGCAAAGCAAACCAGGCAGGUACACAAACUAACCAGAAGGGCAGCUGCCAAGGCAGUGUCAAACACAGGGAUGGUGGUAGUUGAGGAUAUCGUUGAGGGGUUCAGGGGCCAGCAUGGCCUCCAUGGCAGCAGGGAUGAGUCAUCAGGAUGUGAAAUCAAGUUCAGUCAGUUUCCUAAGACCACCUGGGUCUGCAGCGCUUUGCUACAGACCUGACACUUCUCCCACUCAGAAUUGAGCUUGGGAGCAGAGACAGAAGCUGUAUAGUUCUGCCUGCAGUGCAAGAAGACCCUUGUCUGAGAUUGUGAUAAUGGUAUUCACUUCAGGCCUUCUUGAGAGGAAGACUCUGGGAGAGGGAGGUGGGAGGAGGUAACUGGCUCACCUGGCUGCAUGUUCCAGCUGGUCUGCUAGCAGCUCAGUGAUAGGCCUCCCUUGCCAAUCCCAUCUUAGAGGGUGAGCUUCCCACUGUAGGUCAGGGGUUAGAAUUCAGUUUUAGAGGGGAAGAUCUGUGUUCAGACAUCCAAAAAAAUGCAGCAGCCACCCUCGAUUCUCAGCAUCAUCAGAGAGAACUUGGGGAUAACUGUG